UGAUGCUUGCCACGCGUCAAUAUAAUUCAGCUGCCGGGGCAGCCGCCGCGCGUGAGUGACACGCGGGAGGGAACGCAGUAACCAUCCGGGCCCCACUCCAGGAAUCAUGCAUUUCUUACUCAGAUUAAUCUUUUUCUUUUACAUAUGGGGCAUUUUUCCUGCUCAGGGACAAAAGAAAGAGGAGUUCACAGAGGAAGUGAAAAUAGAAGUUUUGCAUCGUCCAGAAAACUGUUCUAAAACAAGCAAGAAGGGAGACCUGCUAAAUGCUCAUUAUGACGGUUUCUUGGCUAAAGACGGCUCGAAAUUCUACUGCAGCCGGACACAAAAUGAAGGCCACCCCAAAUGGUUUGUUCUUGGUGUGGGGCAAGUCAUUAAAGGCCUAGACAUUGCCAUGAUGGAUAUGUGCCCUGGAGAGAAGCGGAAAGUGAUUAUACCCCCUUCAUUUGCAUAUGGAAAGGAGGGCUAUGCAGAAGGCAAGAUUCCACCUGAUGCAACAUUGAUCUUUGAGAUCGAACUUUACGCUGUGACCAAAGGACCAAGAAGCAUUGAGACAUUUAAACAGAUAGACACGGACAGUGACAGGCAACUGUCUAAAACCGAGAUAUAUCAUUACCUGAAAAAGGAUUUUGAAAAAGAUGACCAGCCACGUGACAAGUCAUACCAGAAUGCAGUUUUAGAGGACAUUUUUAAGAAGAAUGACCAUGAUGGUGAUGGCUUCAUUUCUCCCAAGGAAUACAAUGUAUACCAACAUGAUGAACUGUAGCAUAUGUUUAUUUCUCAAUUGUUUUAGCUACUUACUGUACUUUGUAUAUAAAACAAAGUCACUUUCCCCAAGGUGUGAUUUCUAUUUUUCCCUAUGAGACCGUAUUUUGAUCUCCUCCAUACAUGUAACUUUUGAAUAAAUGUGAGGCUAUUUUGCAAAUGUAGUAUUCAGGAAUGGCACAAUUGUGUUCGCUAUUGCUUUAUUCUGUGAACAUGAGUGACAGCACCAUGAAAUCGACCUCUGUGUCCCAGUGGGCAAUUUCCCCCCUUCAGGAAAUAGGAGGACAUCUGUGUCAAAAUCUGCACAAUUCUUCCCAACUCUUACCUUAACAGCACAUAGAAAUAUGUAAGUAACCAUUUUUUAAUAUUUUAAAUGUUAAAAUGCCCCAUAUUUAAGUUUUUUUCAUUAGGGACCCAGGAAUUAACAUUUCAAUGUUUAUACAUUUCAUAGCAUUACUGGUAGGUAGUAUAUAAAAAUCAUAGGACUGAAGGUUCUUGUUUUGGUAUGCAUGCAGGAAAAUAUAAGUUGUGUAACU